AACCGGCUUAUACUGAAUUGAAUAAAUUAGUUCAAUAAGUCCUGUAUCAUUUGUGUUUAAUAUAGUUCAAGUCCCCUUUCAUUUUAAGAGAUCAAAAUUUAGUAUUGUACGUGCUGAUCCAUCCAUGCUCAGUCCUUCUCCCUACUUCAUAGUCAAGUCGUCAACCCCUUCAUGCGCAAGUUAGAACUUUCGUUAAACUUUGAGAAAAGCUCACCCGCACUCGCACUCGCACUCAGAUAAUCUUUCUUUUUUCUUUUUUCUUUUUUUCUUUUUUUCUUUUGAGAAGAUUCGCCUUGUCCGCGUUCCACUUUCCCCUCGUACCCUUUAUAAGAACAUAUAUGAUAGGCAUUUCUUGUGCCUUCAUUCGUAUCCAACACAGCCAUUUCUUCCAAAUCUUUCCACUUCCCCUUGUGAGUAGUUCUUUCCCUCUUUCUACUUGCUUCCUGGUGUUGUAACUUUUAACUGACCAUCUGAACAUGGAUGAAUGCAAGAGUUCCUCCUCAAAUAGCCAAGAAGGGCCAAUAUACGAAGUAAAUGCACUUGCAAUGAUUAAUGCAGAAGAAGAUGCCAACAUUGAAAUCCCUGUACCGAUCUUAUCAUCCUACAAUGAUCAUAUUCGACCUCUCCUUGAUGCUGUUGAUAAGCUCAGGCUCCUCAUGGUCAUGAAGGAAGGCAUACAGCUCCCCACCAUUGUCGUUGUUGGUGAUCAAUCUUCUGGCAAGUCCAGCGUUCUUGAAUCAUUAGCCGGUAUCAACCUUCCUCGUGGCCAGGGCAUCUGCACAAGAGUACCACUUGUUAUGAGGCUGCAACAUCACCCGAAUGUCACACCAGAGCUUUUCUUGGAGUUCAAUGGCGAAAUAGUUCACACCGAUGAAGCCAAUGUUGCAGAUGCCAUUGUUCUUGCUACCGAUGAGAUUGCAGGCAAGGGCAAGGGCAUAUCCAACACUCCAUUAACUUUGGUAGUGAAAAAGAAUGGUGUUCCUGAUCUUACUAUGAUAGAUCUCCCUGGUAUCACAAGAGUUCCUGUUCUCGGCCAGCCUUUUAACAUUUAUGAGCAGAUUUCAGGUAUUAUUAUGGAGUAUAUAAAGCCCGAAGAGAGUAUCAUCCUUAAUGUUUUGUCUGCUACUGUGGAUUUCCCAACCUGCGAAUCCAUUAGGAUGUCACAACAAGUAGACAAGACUGGUGAGAGAACUCUUGCAGUGGUCACCAAGUCUGAUAAGGCACCUGAAGGGCUACUGGAGAAGGUUACUGCUGAUGAUGUGAAUAUAGGCCUUGGUUAUGUGUGCGUGAGAAAUCGAAUUGGCGAUGAGUCUUAUGAGGAAGCACGACAAGAAGAAGCUAAAUUGUUCACAACUCACCCACUUCUCUCCAAGAUUGAUAAAUCUAUGGUGGGUGUUCCUGUUCUUGCUCAAAGGCUGUCUCAAAUUCAAGCAACUAUUAUUGCUAGAUGCUUGCCGGAAAUAGUCAGAAAGAUUAAUGAGAAGCUGAAUACAAGCAUCUCAGACCUGAACAGGAUGCCGAAGCCUCUAUCCUCCUCCACUGAGGCCAUGACAGCAUUUAUGGGCAUUGUUGGGUCAGCCAAAGAGUCUCUCAGAAAAAUCCUUCUCAGAGGAGAAUUUGAUGAGUAUCUUGAUGAACCUCAAAUGCAUUGCACUGCUAGAUUGCUUGAGAUGCUGAACCAAUACUCAAAUGAACUUCAUAAUUCCCCAGAAAGUGACCCUAAAGGGAACUUCCUGAUUGAGGAGAUUAGUGUUCUUGAAGAAUGCAAGGGAAUUGAGCUGCCAAAUUUCCUUCCUCGCACUGCCUUCCUGACCAUUCUGCAGAAAAAAGUUGAGGGGAUCUCAAGAAUGCCAGUUGAUUUCGUUGAAGAGUUAUGGACCUACAUUGAUGUAGUUCUAGUGUCGGUUUUGAUGCAUCACUCUGAGAAUUAUUACCAGCUCCAGUUACUUACUAGACGAGCUGGCCAUAAUCUUAUAUCAAAGCUAAAAGAGCAGUCCAUCAAUUGGGUUACGGAACUCGUUCAGAUGGAGAAGAUGACAGAUUACACUUGUAAUCCUGAAUAUAUGACUGAAUGGAACAAGCUCAUGGCCCAUCAGGAUUUAUUCAGGGAAAGAGUCCUGUCCGGUUACUCUACAGUAACAAUUGAAGGUAUUGGAAAUGUUGAAGCUGGGAAAAUCAGAGAGCAUCAAAGUGUUAUGCACCAAGCGUUUGAUCUGAAAAUGAGAAUGACUGCUUACUGGAAGAUUGUAAUGAGGAGGCUGGUCGAUUCUAUGGCACUGCAUUUACAGUUCAGUAUUCAGAAUCUCGUGAACAAAGAGAUGGAAAGGGAGAUUAUAAGCGAGCUGAUGGGUAGUCAUAGCGGCGAAAUAGAAAAGUUGCUGGAAGAGACUCCUUCGGUUGCUAGUAAGCGCGAGAAGCUGAACACAAGCAUCGAGUUACUGAGAGAGUCCAAGAAGGUGCUAGCAGAUAUCAUGGACAAAAUUGCUACUUAUGAUGAUCAUUAGGCCUGCCCUUUUACCUAUCUAAAAGCUUUUCUAGUUCUCAUCGUGUUUCCACUUGUUAGUUAUUAAGCAUAUAUGUUACUCCAUUUGGUGGAAGACUUUCUUUUUCCUUGAGAUAAAUGAAAAUCGAGACUUGAGUAUGAUAUAAUAUUCAAUUUAUCUCGAUAUAUAUAA